CUCGGCCCUCCUCCUGCGAACCACUGGCGCCCUGCAGCCAGCAAUGGCAAUGCCCUCCCUCCCUCUCUGCCUGCCUAGAGCACACGCCCAUUUUCCCGUCACAGGAGAUUACGAUGUGCAGGGCCAGCAGAUAAUCACAAUGCAACGAGGAGUCAUUCGGGAUUCCACUGGUGAUGGAAUUGCCAACACCGCCGUAGCACCACAGCCCCAUCGUAUCGCUGGCAUGUUCCACGACGCACGCUCGGGUUCCGUAGGCCGUCUCAACGCACUCCUAGUGCUCCUCGGAGACUUGGGGCACGAGACCUACAACGAUGCAAGAAACGGGCCAGCGGGGCUACUGGACUUGUCUUGACGUGCUACGCUGCGUAAUGCGGUGCACGUCGAAUGGGGACGGGUUGAUCUCGGGCCAGAUGCAACCUCUCACGCACCAGUCGGCCGAAACGUACCCAUCUGGGCCGAGAUUCCCAUCUUGGGGAUGGCGGCCAAGAUUUGACCCAAAGCGUUGGAUUGCCCUGUGAAUUUCCCGUAUCAACCUGU